GACAUGUGAACGCCACCUCGGCCGAAUCAGGCAACCGCUCACCGAAGAGCGGCUGAACGCUUAAUAAACAAAUCCGGAAGCAAAGCGGACCAGCGACAAAAUGACCUACCAUGACAUCAAUUCCGCCUUGAAGAACAUACAAAAUCAUCCAUCUCGCCAGCAGUAUCCCCUUGUAUCGGAAGCAAAAAAAAAAGACCUCCAACAACACCCAACCUCACCGAAAUGGCACCAGUUUCCACCCUCUCCUUCACCCUCGCCCUCAUAACCGGCGGCGCCGGCGGUCUCGGCCGCGCAAUGGCCGAGUCCCUCAUCGCGCAAGGGAAAUCCGUCAUCAUCGCCGGCCGCACCGAGUCCACUCUCAAACAAACCGCCCGCGAAAUCGGAGCGAAAGAUUACUUCGUCAUUGACGUCAGCGACAUUUCUUCCAUCAAGGCCUUUGUCACGGACAUCACGACGAAGUACCCGGAUCUUGACUGCGUGAUCAACAACGCGGGCGUCCAGCGUCCUUUCCAGAUUCUGGGGCCGGACUAUGACUUUGACUUGACGAAAGCGGAUCAGGAAAUCGAUACGAAUAUCCGCGCGCCGUUGCAUUUGUGCGUGCAGCUGGUGCCGCACUUGAACUCGCGGCCGAAUGGAGGGGUGAUUAUGAACAUCUCCUCCAUUCUCGGCUAUAACCCUACGAGCUUGAUUAACCCGGUGUACAACGGAAGUAAAGCUUGGGUGGCGUUCUUCACCACCAACUUACGAUCCCAGUUGAAGCAAGCCGGGAGUAACAUCAAGGUCGUCGAGAUUGUGCCGCCGAGCGUGGAGACGGCGUUGCAUAGAGAGCGACAAGACCCCGACGAUAAUAAAAGGGCGAAGGGGAAUCAGUCGGCAUUGACCAUUGAGGAGUUUAUGAAGGAUGUUGAGCUGGGGUGGAGGGAGGAUCGGGAUCGGGUGAGUGCGGGGCCGGGGAAGGAGUUGGUGGAGAUGUGG